GAAAAUAUGGAUGCCGAGGCAAUUGAAAAAGAAGCUCAUGCUGCUGCCUUGGUGCAGGUUGCUCAGAUGUUUCAAAGACCGGACCAACUGGAAAAACUGGAAUCGCUGCAGAAACGCGCUGAUCGAAAAAAGGCCGCAGUAGAAGCUAUGUUACGAACUGGUGUGCAGUCGCAGUUAGAAGGAAUUCGUUCUGCUAUUAAUCAUUUACAAACGACAGUUGAAGACAUUAAAGCGGUUGAAAAUGACCUACGAAUAGUUCAUGACACUUUAUUGUGCUUCCCGGAACUGAAAGAAAAAAUGAGUAAACUGCGCGAAGCGAAUGCAACACAUAGUCAAUAUGCAAUCGUAAUGGAGCAUUUAAAACACGUUUUUGCUAUUAACGAAACUGUAGAGCAGACGCAUGAGUACAUCGUUGACGGGAAACUCCUUCAUGCCCACAAAAACAUAAUGGAGUUAGAGCAUGCUCGCGAUGAUAUGAUGUUGGAAAUUCAUCGGCUUCAGAGUGGUAACGCAGACUAUGAAAAAAAUUUGCUGAAAACUUAUUUUUCGGACGUUGACAAUCUAGUGAAUGAGUUGGGGAAGCAAAUAUUUUAUGUUUGCUCUAGAAGUUUAGAGGCAGCUAGAGGAAUUGAUCAAGGUCCAACUCAGUUGGUUACCGCGCUUCGUAUCAUUGAACGUGAGGAGAGAAUCGACGAGUAUUAUAAGGGAAAAUUUCCAGUCAGUAAUUUCAUGCCACCUGGAAGGCCUCGUGAAUGGAAAAAAAAGUGCUUUGAUGCGAUUGCAAACACUGUCAGGCAGCGCAUUGAAGGUAACCAGCUAGAGGACCGUAGUUUGAAUAAGCAGUGGCUUGCAAGGUAUUUGGAGGUCUGUCGCCUUGUAUUGACAGAAGAUCUGACAGUUGCGAAGUGUAGCGCUGUUCAGUGCUUUCCACCAAAUUACGAUAUUUAUGAGCGUUUUGUUGGCAUGUAUCACAAUUGCCUCUCUUCAAGGUUACGAGAAAUAGCCUCUGAAAAGUUGGAAAAGAAUGAGCUAGUUCAGUUGCUGAGCUGGUUACAGGCUUACGGAGGGGAAACCAUCCUGGUUACAACAUUUCGUUAUAGAUUUGUAGAUAUUACAAGAAAGGAUAUUCACGAGUGGCUAGAGAAAACUUUAACACAGGAAAAGGACGACUGGUAUAAACACGUUCGACCUGAAGAGGAAAGUUCUGGUUACUAUUACACUCAGUUACCAAGCAUCUUAUUUGGAAUGAUUGAAGAUACGGUUGUCUUAACUAGAGAGUUUUCUACGGACAUAAUUCCAAGUGUUAUCAACGUCAGUAUUGAUGAAUUUUUAUUAUUUGCGAAUAGGUAUAAAGACGCUGCAAUGGCUUACAGGACAAAAUAUUUCGAAGACAGAAAUUAUUUUGCAGAAUUUACAGCCACCAUGAUUGCAGUCGCGAACAAUCUAGAUAUAUGUGUGGAUUCAACCGACAAAUUAAAAAAGCACAUAAGGCUGACUAUGGAGAACGACAUUACAGAUGAAUCCUCCUCACCAAAGACUUCCGUUGCUACUAAGCAACAGCAAAAGCCGUCUGUAGUAAUUAGUGCAUCACGACAAGAGCUCUUAAACAAGAUUGACCAACUGAAAAAAAGACUGAAACUGGGAAUGCAGUUUGCGAUUAACUGUUUAUUUGAAGAAAUUUCAAAAGAUAUCGCCCCACAUUUGAGUGAAAUACUGCUUUCUGGGUGCCCUGCUGUUGAGGUUAUCUGCAUGACUCUUGUUGAUUACUACAUGGAUUACAAGCAUUUGAAACCUCAUAUCUGUUGUGCCUUGAUGCUUGAGAUACAGUAUCGCAUCGUUGGGGAAUUUAUUGUUGCUAUAGACAGCAGACGUCUUUCUUUUUCGAAUUAUGAUGAAAGGAGCGAAGCAGCGCGUUUGCUGGUUAAGGAUGCCGAAAACAUUGAACGUUCAUUCUCUUCUUUGUUGGAUCAAAACGAUUUAAAUUUUGUUGACUUGACAAUCAUACUGACCUCGAUAGCUGAUGUAUUAAAGCUGCGCGAUAAGAGUCUGCUAACCCUUGAGGUGACCUCUUUUGUUCGGAAGUUUCCUGCCAUUCCUGUUGAACUGCUUAGUGGUCUCUUACAAAUGCGAGAGGAUGUCGGAAGAGUUGAAGCAAAGUCUCUGGCUGAAGAAACAAUUGGGAAUGCCAAGUUUCAUCCCAAGGAUGACGUCACUUUUGUUAAGCUUUUCCAGAUGUGCAAAAGUGAUUCUAAACGUGCUUUUGCUAUAGAGGAUACUAUGCAAAAUAUUUUUGGCCUUUCUUCGUUGAUAUUGAGGAGCUAA